UCACGUGUGAGCCAAUGCGGAAGCUGGUAGAUGUGUGGAUGAGUGUUGUUCUGAACUGUGCUAUUCGUCAGUUUAAACCGGGUUUUGGCAGAAUGCUAAACGCCCCCGCAGCUGAUCGAAACAAGGAGCCCAUCCUGUCCGUCCUCCGGGAGUGCUUGGACCCUGCCAAACCUCUCCAAGCACUCGAGAUCUCCUCCGGUACCGGGCAGCACGUCACGCACUUCGCUCAGAGUUUGCGUAAUGUGGUCUGGCAGCCCUCAGAGUAUGAUCAUCAAUCUUUGGCCAGUAUAGAAGCGUACAGAGCCCACUACAGGCUGGCUAAUGUGAAACCUGCCAUUCACCUGGAUGCUUCUUUGUCUCAUGUGCAAUGGGGAGGCAUUGAGCCAGCGAGCCUCGACCUGGUCCUCAACAUCAACAUGAUACACAUUUCCCCUAUGGCUUGUACAGAGGGCCUAUUCAGAGGAGCUGGAGCAUUGCUAAAGCCACAGGGUCUUCUACUUACAUAUGGUCCUUAUGCAGUAAAUGGUAGGAUUACACCGCAGAGCAAUGUUGACUUUGACCAGAGUCUACGGCAAAGAAAUCCUGAGUGGGGUCUGAGAGAUGUUGUCCUUCUCAGAUCUAUAGCAGAAAGUAAUAGUUUAUUCCUGGAGAAAAUGGUUGAUAUGCCUGCAAACAACAAGUGUCUUCUGUUCAGAAAGGAGAGUGUAGUAUGAAGUAUUUCAGCUGUUAGACAUAGGCUUGUGAAUCUAUGCCUAAAUUAAAAUUUUAAAUUUUCUUUAAAA